UAAGCCUACUAGUUAAACUCACAUGACCGGAGGAAUCCUUUCAAGACGCACGCGUCGGUUUACCUGUGAAGUGUGAUAUUUGAUACGACCAGUGUCCCCAAUAAAGUGAAGUGAAAAUGUUAUUAGAUUUUAAUUUGCCGUAAUAGAACUUCAAAUACGUUUAAAUUAAAUGUAUUAUUAUAAUUAACGCAAACAUGAACGUUACAUAUGGAGCAACGAAGUCAAAUGUUUCAGUGAAAAAUGAUAUUCAAGACAAUAUUGAUGAGGAAAUCGAUAGAAGUAUACCAUACAGACCUCGACGAUGGUGGCGAAUUAAUCAGAACCAUUUAUACGGGCUAGGUCACAUGUAUAAUGAUCUAUGUGCAGCGAUGUGGUUCUCUUACAUGUUGCUGUUCUUCCAGGCGGUACUUGAAAUGAGGGCCGUUGUUGCCGGCGCCAUGCUUCUGCUGGGACAAGUAGUGGAUGCACUCGCUACGCCAAUAGUUGGUAUAUUGGCGGACAAAUAUAGUACAAAGAAAGCUUGGCAUUUAACAGGAUGCCUAUUAGUGACGUGCACAUUUCCACUGCUAUUCAUAAGAUGUCGGAACUGCUGGCCGAAUAAAAACUCCGAGUAUUUGAUGUGGUGGAUGCCUUUAUACUAUGCUAUAUUGAUAACAAUCUUUCAAAUCGGCUGGGCUGUAGUUCAGAUAUCGCAUCUAGCAAUAAUACCAUCUAUCACUGACAACCUGCAUAUACGAUCCGAAUUAACUUCAAUAAGAUAUAUGGCUUCGGUUAUAUCGAGUCUUGCCGUCUAUUUUAUAACGUGGAUUGUUCUGAGGGCAACAAACUACAGUACUUUUAUUAGACCAACGGAUGAUUAUAAAUUCCGGGAUGUAUCACUAAUUAUAUCCGGUAUUGGAAUACUGUCAUAUAUAAUUUUCCACGUUGUCUUUAAAUUGAAACCACACAAACAACCUAAAUCAAACGGACAUGCAGGAGAAAGCGGCGAAAAUGAACCUCUUAACUUUUUAGCAAAGUCAAAAAUAAUGCAUUUUUUACAAAUGCCCUUAUUAUACCAGACCAGUUGUUUAUACGUUUUUUCAAGAUUGUACUGGGCCUUAAGCCUUGUGUAUGUACCGCUUUUUCUCGAAGAACGAUUAUCAGUAAAUCCAACAGAAGGAUCAGAAUUGGUAGCCAGCGUACCUCUCGUUCUUUACAUUUCUUCACUUAUCUUUUCAUUUCUUUUAAAGAGUAAUAUUAACAAAAUAGGACAUCAGGUGGCGUAUUUUAUAGGCAGCUUCCUUAGUCUAAUUAGCUGCAUGUGGAUAGCACUAGCUAUUAGCCCAGAGGCAAAUGUUGCACAAAUAUAUUUAGUCGCAGCAUUGAUAGGAGCUGGAAGUGCGAUAACCCUAGUGUCGAGUCUGUGCGUAACUGCAGAUUUAAUAGGACCUCAUUCCCAUCAGGGUGCUUUAAUAUAUUCAAUUGUUACAUUUGCCGAUAAAUUAGUUACCGGAAUUGCCGUAAUGGCUAUUGAAAACUAUAAAUGCGAUGAUGCAAUAAGCUGUCCCCAGUAUUACAGAGGAGUAUUGACAUACGCUUGUGGUGGCAGUGCUGUACUUGGUAUAUUAUCUCUAUCAAUAACAAUAAUAAGUACCAACCACAGCAAAAGUAAACCUCAAACAUAAUUAGUUAAAUUUAAUUAUUGUAACAAUACACAUAGUACAAUAAUAAAAUACGAUACAUUGUU